UCGGUGAUUUAAUUGGGUUGGUUUUUUUUUUUUAGGGUUAGGUUGAUUGUAGAGCGUUAAAUAGUUGCGAUGAAUAAAAUUUGUUUGCACGUAUUGAUAGGGAUUCCAGGUGCUGGAAAGACGACAUUUUGCGAAGGUUUUCAGGCAUAUUUGCUGGAAAAGCGUUCACCUGCUAGGUUGAUUCAUGUUUGUUUCGAUAGGCUUAUAAAAAUAGAAGAUACAUUCGAUUUGGAAAACGGAUGCUUCAAGGAAAAGAGAAGACAACUUCUGGAAUCGCUUGGGAAAAUAAUCGAGGGGAUCAAAUUUAACGAUCAAACUUGUGUCGAUCAAGUGAAUGAAGAGUUAACUAAGAUAUUUAACGCAAAUAUUUCCAUAGAUCUAGAUUCCACUGCCAGUGGCAACAUUUACGCAAUUUUUCUCGACGAUAACAUGUACUACAGAAGCAUGCGCUAUGAAGCCUUCAGUCUUGCCCGUAAGCAUGGCAUGGGAUAUUUACAGUCGCUUUUCGACGUUCCACUCGCAGAGGCGAAAGCAAGAAAUGCCAGUAGACCGAACCCCAUUCCGGAGGAAAUCAUUUCACGAAUGUGGAUUAAAUUGGAACAGCCAAGCUGGCGGUUCUACAAAUGGGAAAGAAACACGUUAGAACUACUGGGGAACUCACUGGAAUUCGAACAACUUGAACAGGCGAUCUUGAACUGUGCCAACAAUCCUGAAAGUCCGUUGGAGACGAAAGCUGAGAAGCAACCUGUCGAACAAUCGGUGGUUCAUAAGGUGGAUUUACUGUUGAGGAAAGCUGUAGGCGAUAUUAUGAAGAAUCGUAAGGAGAUUUUUAAUGGCAAAGAGUUAAAACUCCUAUCGGAUCAGCUAAGUGUACGUAGGAAGACUAUUUUAGAUGAUUUAAGAGCAGGAUUGAUAGAAAUAGAUCCCGAAUGUGCUACGAAUGAGCAGAUACAGCUGUUGAUGUAAAGAAGAAUAAAUGUUACUAACUAUCGA